AUGAGGAAAUUUGCAGUCCUGUUAGGACAAACCUCCCUCCUGCUAGCCCUCUUCAUUCUCCUAAUCUUCCAGGAAUCCCACAAGCAGCCUUUGAUGGACAAGUUGCAUGACAGUCUACGUCUGGCCACCAAUGGACUCAAUCGAACACUCCCUGCGUUGAGCAUUCUGAAUGGAUCGGUUCAACCGUCUGCCUCUUCCGCCACUUCUACGCUUUCGUUCAUUGCCCCGACCGUCAAGGCCGGAACUCAACGACCUGAGGAAGCCAAUCUCCUGACUUCCCCCCCCCUCCUUGCUGGCACUGAGGCACAAGCGCCCCAGGUGCUACAAAUCGAUUGUAAAGACAGGAUGACGGAUCGCGAAUCAUUCAACAAGGCUAGCGAAUAUGUCCACUCAAUCAUGAACUGCAGUGUUGGGCAUGGACCACAGUUGGAGUGCUCUUCGCUGAACACUACCAGAUACCUCGGGCUCCACGAUCCCUCUGCGUACGCUCAAAAACCAAAGUUUUUCUUUGCCAUGAGCCUUCAUCAGUCGGCGGCCAUCAUUUCACAGCUGCUUGGAGCCAUCGUUGAGGUCGUUCGAUUCCUCGGUCCUCAAGCCUGCGUUAUUUCUGUGGUCGAGGGCCGAUCAACAGACGGGACGUUCGAGAUCUUGAAGAGCUUGGCGAAGGAGAUGGAACAUCUUGGAGUGUCCUAUUUCUUGUCUUGCAAUGAGCUGCAGCCUGGCGGAGAAGGCAUGGAACGUAUCUCCACCCUGGCAGAACUGCGGAACAGAGCUCUGUUGCCUUUGACCCAAUAUGCACGAUCGUAUGACCUGUCAACCACAAUCAUCUUCCUGAACGAUAUUGCUCCAUGUGCGGAGGACAUCUUGGAACUGAUUUAUCAGCGAGAGCUACUAAAAGCGGACAUGACUUGUGGGAUGGACUGGUACAAUCUGGAUGACGGCGGCACUUUCUACGACUCAUGGAUCGGGAGACAGAUGAACGGCGAGACCUUCUUCGAGGUGCCCCAGAGCACGUCUUGGGACUUCUCCAAGAACCUUUUUUGGAAUCAUGAGCCCAGCAAGUCCCGUUUUUCGUUGGGCCAGCCGGUGCAGGUCUUCUCUUGUUGGAAUGGUGCGGUGGCUCUCACGGCCAAGCCCUUCCUGGAUGGGAAGAUCCGGUUCAGGACCGAAGUAGAGGAGGAGUGUCACCUUGGAGAACCGGUUCACCUAGCCAAAGACUUGUGGAGGCUUGGCCAUGGCAAGAUCGCUGUCAUCCCGAGUAUCAACGUCGGGUAUUCCGUGGACGACUCGAGGAAAGCAAAAGAAGCGCAUGGUUCGGUGACAACCGUGGCAUCCAAGGAAUCUGUGGAGUUGAGCAAGAUUGAUUGGCAACAGAAGCCACCAGGUCAGAUCAAAUGCUUGUGGCCCUGGGAUCGUCCCUUGUGGGAGCCUUUUGAGCUCCGCGAAUGA